CUGUUAAACGUGGUAAAAAGAUGUGAUAAAACUCUGUUGGACUCUAUUUUGACGGCAUACUUUGUUGCUAGGUGGUUAGCGCCCAUAGUUACCACUCUUCCCCCAGCAUGCACCGCUUCCAAGAGAGCUUUACGAUAUAUGGAUGCAUUUAAGUGCCUACUUUGGUGACUGAACCAAGAAAAUAAUGGAGAAAGAACAGUACAACACUGUGAUCUUCAAUGCUUCCAAAAAGGAGUUGUUUUCUACGAAUAAUGGAUACAAAUCAGUGCAGAAGAGACUAAGAGCUCAAUGGAAAAUACAAAGUAUGAAGGAAGAGCUGUCAUUGGAAAGGCUGAAAGGCGUCAAGCUAUGGAUAACUGCAGGUCCAAGGGAGAAGUUCACAGCAUCAGAGCUGGAGGUGCUGAAGCACUACCUGGACGGAGGAGGAAAUAUCUUAGUCAUGCUCGGUGAAGGAGGAGAAAUGAAAUAUGACACGAACAUCAAUUUUCUCCUGGAGGAGUUUGGAAUAAUGGUCAACAAUGAUGCUGUUGUGAGAAAUGUAUAUUACAAAUACUUCCAUCCUAAGGAGGCACUUGUGUCCAAUGGUGUAUUGAAUAGAGAAAUCAGCCGUGCUGCUGGUAAAGUGGUCACAGGAAUCAUUGAAGAUGAAAAUGUUGGAAACAAUUCACAGGCUCUCACAUUUGUUUACCCGUACGGUGCCACGCUGAGUGUGAUGAAGCCUGCUGCCGCUGUUCUUUCAACCGGUUCGGUCUGCUUUCCCCUCAACAGGCCUGUCCUGGCCUUCUACCAGGGCAAGGAGUCCGGCAAACUGGUUGUUCUGGGUUCCUGCCACAUGUUCAGUGACCAAUACAUAGAAAAAGAGGAGAACAGUAAAAUCAUGGAUGUUGUGCUUCAGUGGCUCAUGACUGAUGCUAUCCAGCUGAAUCAGAUUGAUGCAGAAGACCCGGAGAUCACAGAUUACACCAUGUUGCCAGAUACAGGGUGCUUGUCAGAACAGCUCAGAGUGUGCUUACAAGAGGGUGAUGAAAACCCCCGGGACUUCACUUCUCUCUUUGAUAUGUCUUUGUUCAAUCUAUCUACUGACGCUUUACCCCAAGUCAUCAGUGCUUACAAGCAGCUUAAUGUCAAAGACGAGCCUCUCCAGCUGAUCACACCACAGUUUGAAACCCUUCUGCCUCAGCUUCAACCAGCUGUCUUUCCACCUGCUUUAAAUGAUUUGCCUCCACCCAUGCUGGACCUGUUCGAUCUAGAUGAAACAUUCUCCUCUGAGAAAGUGCGGCUAGCACAGCUCACCAAUAAAUGUACAGAUGAUGAUCUUGAGUUUUAUGUACGCAAAUGCGGUGAAAUUCUGGGGGUGACUGCAAAGUUGGAUAAAGAAAGUCGAGACGCCAAGCACAUCUUGGAGCACAUUUUCUUCCAGGUUGUUGAAUUCAAGAAGCUCAAUCAGGAGCAUGAUAUCGACACUGAAGCGCCGUUCACCCCACUGUGACUGGAUUCCAAUAAUGUUUUCAGCUCUGUCUUUAAUAAGUGCUGCAUACGGAUGGAGCAGAUUUGUGUACAUAGUAAUGAAUGGGACAGGGCUGUUACAGUGGUGGUGGGAAACAAAGUUGUAAUUUUCUAUUGUAUUUCUUUGUGCAAAUCACAUUGUAAGAAUAUACUAAAGCAAAUGAUGUUAUUCAUUCCUUUAUUAAAACAAUUUCUUUAUAAAAAUAAAAAAAGCAUUUUGUAAUUAUG